AUGGAAAGAGGGAUAUGGAAACCCAAUGCUGAGUUAGCACCAACAUGUCCUCGUUGUGGCUCCACAAACACAAAAUUUUGUUACUACAACAACUAUAGUUUGACACAGCCUAGGUAUUUUUGCAAAGGUUGUAGAAGGUAUUGGACUAAAGGUGGUUCUUUAAGGAAUGUUCCGAUUGGUGGUGGCUGCAGAAAGAGUAGGAGAGGUAAGUCUUCUUCUAGUACAAUUCAUCAUCAACAUGGCCUUAUUUCAAGAAACUUGGGACAUGGGGUUGUUCUAAAUCCCUCUAAUAUUGAUCAUCAUCAAUCCACUAGUAAUUCCUUGGAUCAUCAAGGUCCAAGUAUUGAUCUAGCUUUAGUCUAUGCAAAUUUCUUGAAUAGUAAUAAUUCCAAGCCAUCACAACCGGAGGACCACCAGAAUCUUGAACUGCCUGAUGAUCAUUUAUUAUUGCCUAAUGAUCAUCAUCAAGAAGGAGUACCCGUCGAUCCACCAUUCGAGUUUUCAAGCAUGAUAAAUAUGGAGUACAUGAAUAGCAAUUUGGGCCAAGAAUCGCGAUUAAUUGGCAAUGGUGAUGGUGAUGGUGUUUACUUUAGUGGGAUUCGUGAGGAGAAACAAAUUAUGAAUCAUAUUGAUCUUCAUGAUCAUCACUAUGCCACUAUGAAUGUGAAUGCCAAUAAUAUUAUUGACCAAGAUCAAUUAGGCAAUAAUUAUAUGCAGCUCCCUCCAUUGCCUGGUGAAGAGAUGCUGUGGUCUAAUACUCAUGAAAAUCAUAUGGUAUUUCCUAAUGAUAUUCUAAAUACAAGUCAUUCAUCAGCAGGAGGACCAGAGCCAGAACCACAACCAGAAUUAGCAGUACAAGAUCUGAAUAAUCAUAGCGUGGAUAAGGCAAAUGAUGGGAGCCUUUUCAGCUUGUCCAAUUUUGGAAAUAUUUUCAGGCCUUGA